AUGGGUAAUGGACAGAUCCACUGGGCGAUAGGCAGGAAGAAUGCUGAGAUGAUCGAUGCGCCUACUGAUGAGACAGAAGACAGCUGUUGUAGCUUUCCGAAUAGAAUGGAGCGGCCUCUUUCGAACCUCUGUUUCAAUUGUCAAAACAUAUUUAGCCACUGGGAAGAAAUUUCCAUGGCUGCAGAAAGCCGUCUUCCACAUUGCGUUGACGAGCGUGCCCUCAAAGCAUCUGCGGAUGCUGGUUGCGGGCUGUGUGCACAGUUCAUGCUUGAUAGUAGCGAAAUCGUACCGUAUUACUCAUCUCUCUACACUGGUAGGUUUGUCGCGGAAGGCGAUUAUGGCGAUGACGGUAACGAUAGAGUUUUGAAAGGGUUUGUUUGGCUGAAAACAGGGGACAAAUUCAGUUUCAGCCCUAAAGUGAGAGAAAAGUUCUGGACAAUAAACCUCAUAUUGCCAUUUUUAGGGGGGUUUGACGGAGUGUUACGAGUGUAUGAUGAUUGGGAUGAGAAAGAACCACUCUGUGUUCAAUAUGUAGUGAAUUUAAUUCCUACGCAUCGUCAAGCUACACUAUAUGACUCGCAACACAGCUCAUCGAUUAGCACCCAAGAUGCUUUACCAAUAGCAAAGGUCUGGCUAGACAGGUGUUUAGCAUUUCACAAGCAUUGCAAUCCAUCUGAGAAUCAGAGACUACCAACACGACUUAUUUCUAUACAAGAAGAAUGUAUAAGACUGUGCGCCUCAGAGGAAAUACAAGGAUUCCCUAAGUAUGUUACCCUGAGUCACUGCUGGGGAUCUAUGCCAUUUGAAACUUUGACAAAGGAAAGGAUUUCAGAGCUCCAGAAACGUAUCGCACUGGACACAUUACCAAAGACGUUUCGAGAAGCUAUAAAUGCGGCAAGAUACUUGGGCUUUCAGUACAUAUGGAUCGAUUCUUUGUGCAUUGUACAAGACGACCCCGAUGACUGGGCCGCAGAAUCUUCCUUAAUGAGCUCUGUGUAUGGUGGUUCUAGCCUCAAUCUUGCAGCAUCUGAUGCUCCUAAUGGGGCCGCAGGAUGUUUCUUCAAUCGUGGUAACUUGUGGAGAUGUCAGGUGCGAGUCAACGCAAACCAUAAAGAGGAGUUGUACGACUGCGUUCCGAAAAAUAUUCGUAUGUCUCUUCGGGACACACAAUUAGCGAAACGAUGCUGGGUAGUGCAAGAGCGUAUUCUGGCCCGUCGCACUCUACAUUUCACAAGGACGCAGCUCUUCUGGGAGUGUCAUGAAAAAGACUUAUGCGAGACGUUUCCUGAGGAAAUGCCACCGAAGUUAUCCCAGUACUUCCAUAUAGCGAAAAGACCACUGACAGAAAAGAACUGGCAUCAAAUAGUGUCAGCUUAUUCUUCCGCGAAGUUAACCUAUAGCAAAGACAUGUUGAUUGCAAUAUCAGGUAUUGCUCGGCUCAUACAAUUGACAACGAAGGACCAGUACAUUGCUGGAAUGUGGAAGAAGGACCUAGAAAUCCAGCUUUGUUGGUCGGUGUACAGUUCAGGCGGCGGCCAAAGGAUAUUACCUUAUACAGCCCCAUCGUGGUCAUGGGCUUCAAUAGACACCAAAGGGGGUCGUAUCAGCCUUUGCCAUGAUGUACCUUAUCUGACUGUCACCCUUUGUGCCCAAGUUCAAGAGAUUAGCAUCACCCACGCCACUACUGAUCAAUUUGGAGAGACGCUGAGCGCAAAUCUUCGUCUCUCCUGUAAACACCUUAUUCAUGCACGGUUCGUAUACGGCAAAGGUGGUGAUUCCGUUCUAGUAGCUGGGCAGGCAAUUAUGGUUUACGCUGAAUUUGAUUCCUUCCACUUGUUUGAAGGUAUGUCAGUUGACACGUAUGUGGUACCUGUUAUGUAUGACUCGUGGAGUCGACUGUGUGGUUUGAUCGUUAAGCCGACGAGCCAAAGAACUGGUCAAUAUUACAGGGUUGGAAAAUUCAGUUUCUUCUGGCAGGAUGAAACGCUGGAAUUUGACAAUGCAGUAAAAAUCGCUGAUUCUCAAAUUGAGGAUUCUGAGUAUGUUGAGAAGCUGGUUGACGCAGAAGGGUUAAGGCACUAUGUUAUUGACAUUAUAUAA